AUGCCACAAAUGGUUGCAGUAAAACAGUUACGAAUAUUCCUUGGCUAUCGUUGCAAUUUAAAGCGAAUAACGAUUAUGAAAACCAUUGGCACCUUAGUUCUUUGCACUUUGCUCUUGGCUAGCGCUGCUGAUGAGUACUGCGAUCCGGAUAGCGAUGGCGCACCCAUUUGUCCGACUAAUUCUAAUGGUCAAACAUAUCGUAACUUCUGGGAUCCUACUAGAUAUUGGUUGUGCUAUGGCGCUGGUGAGCCUAUUUCGGUACUGUGCCCCAGCAAUACUGGUUAUAGUGGUGUUAGUAAUAAAUGCGUGUCAUGGAUAGAUUGGGUGUGGGUGCCACCAUGUACAGACGCUAUAUAA